CACAUGUUUCAGUCGACAGUUUAAUCAGAGGUGCACAGCUAGCAUCUGCUCAGCGGUGGCUUUACAAAUAAUGUGUUCCAAAUUAGACUCUACAAAAUUAGAAAUUAAAGUGCAAUAACAAUGAAAGUCAAUCAAGUGAAUUUUCGAUUUUGUAAUUUUAUGUAAAGAAGAAUCAACGCAUGGACAAAUGGCUUCAAGAUAGGAAGCUCUGGCUUUUCGGGAGCACUCUUCCCUUGCUCCCACGAAGGUCGCGUGCGCCAAGCAAGACUAUGGAAAGAUAUGAAAGGCUGGGACGUCUUGGAGAAGGAAGCUAUGGGGUCGUCUUCCAAUGCAGAGACCGACAAACUGGAAGACUUGUGGCUGUUAAAAAAUUUCAACAGACGGAAGACGACCCCCUUAUCAGAAAGAUUGCCCUCAGAGAAAUACGUCUUCUCAAGAAUCUUAAGCACCCUAACCUAGUCAACCUCUUGGAAGUCUUCAGGCGAAAAAGAAAACUGCAUUUGGUUUUCGAAUAUUGCGAACACACUCUUCUUCAUGAAAUGGAAAAAUAUCCAAAGGGUUGCCCCGAAUUAACAACGAAACAGUUUAUUUGGCAAAUUUUGCAAGGAAUCGCUUAUUGCCACAGACUUGGGUGUGUUCACAGGGACAUCAAACCAGAAAAUAUUCUCAUCACAGCCGAUGGUGUUGUAAAACUCUGUGAUUUUGGAUUUGCGAGGAUGCUAAGUCCUGGAGAAAAUUACACGGAAUAUGUCGCGACGAGAUGGUAUAGAGCUCCAGAAUUAUUGGUUGGUGACACCCAGUAUGGAACACCGGUCGACGUAUGGGCGAUCGGAUGCGUGUUUGCCGAAUUGGUCAGAGGAGAGGCUCUUUGGCCGGGAAAAUCAGACGUCGAUCAAUUGUACCUGAUAAGGAGAACACUAGGUGAUCUUCUACCGAGACACAUGGUUAUUUUUCAACAAAACGAAUUUUUUGCCGGUGUCACCCUACCCACUCCACAAUCACUAACUCCAUUGGAAAUUGCUCUUCCAGAUAGAGCGAGUAAUCCAGUGCAGCAGAUUGAUUUCCUUAAAAAGUGCCUAAACAAAGAUCCAGAUGAGAGAUGGACUUGCGAUCAACUUCUGCAACAUAUGUAUUUUGAAAAUUUCCAUUUCAAAAUGCCAGAUGUUGAAAAGGAAGAGUUUGAAAAGCUUAAAAAGUAUCGCGAUCGAUCUAGGAAUACAAACUACAAUCAAAUGGUCCUGCCUCAACUUCCAAAAGCUGGGUACAAUCACAAUCACAAUCAAAAUGAUAUCCGUCCACGAAGUUCGUCUUUGCACCAACAAACAACCUUCGAUCAUUUGCCGACUAUCAGAGGCUAAAAAAACCUCAACUGUAUUUAUAAAAUGUGUAUACAUAUUUACCUCAUUGUUUACUCGAACUUGUUAUCCUUACUUUUGAAUUGUUCGAAUGGAAUUGCGUUUGUCGUUAUAUGUUCAACACGUUUUGUGAGAAAGUGCACUAUUAUUCCGUCUUAGAGAUUCUUUCUUUAUUUACAACAAUUUAUUUAUUUACUUUACGAGUCAUGUUAAAUACAUUUUUAU